AAUGUUGUCAAUGUUUCUUUUUCUUUUUGCAGUGUAUGUGUACUAUCCUAUAAUGUCUAUAUGUGUUAGUAAGUUAAAUGGCGAUUCGUGAAUAGAUACGUAUUUUCACAAAAUACCAUUUUGAAUAAGAUUUAAAGACGUUUAUACAAAAUUGUGCGGUUUGUUCAGAAGUUGGAUUGUAAAAUAUGCGUUCCGUUGUGGAAAUUGGGGCUAGUGUCCCAGCUUUUUUGGGAAAAUUAUGGAAAUUGGUUAAUGAUUCAGAGACCAAUCAUUUGAUUUCAUGGAGUCCUGGUGGGAAAACAUUUGUGAUAAAAAAUCAAGCAGACUUUGCUCGAGAAUUAUUACCACUAUAUUACAAACACAACAAUAUGGCAAGCUUUAUUCGACAGUUAAAUAUGUACGGAUUUCAUAAAAUAACAUCUGUAGAAAAUGGUGGGCUACGAUAUGAAAAGGAUGAAAUUGAAUUUUCUCAUCCAUGCUUUAUGAGAGGACAUGCUUAUCUUUUAGAGCAUAUUAAGAGAAAAAUUGCCAAUCCUAAAUCAAUAGUUGCUAGUAAUGAAAGUGGUGAAAAAAUUCUUCUAAAGCCAGAGUUAAUGAACAAAGUACUAGCAGAUGUAAAACAAAUGAAAGGUAAACAAGAGAGUCUCGAUGCAAAGUUCAGUGCAAUGAAACAGGAAAAUGAAGCAUUAUGGAGAGAAGUAGCAAUUCUGAGACAGAAACAUAUCAAACAACAGCAAAUUGUAAACAAUUUAAUACAAUUCCUGAUGUCCCUUGUGCAACCUACUAGGGCUCCUAAUUCAAGCAGUAACAAUGUUGGUGUAAAGAGGCCUUAUCAAUUAAUGAUAAAUAGUGCAGCUCACAAUUCUACAUCAGAUGGUUCAUACCCAAAUAGAUUAAAAACUAUGAAACUCGACAAAGAUGUUUUGGAUGAUCUAAAUGAAGACAAUAUGGAGGAUGGUCCAACUAUUCAUGAACUAGCUCAUGAUGAUAUUGUACAAAAUGAUGCUUCACAAGAUUCAUUAGAUCCUGCUGGAUUUGUGUCUGUGGACUUGGCUAAUCCGAUUAUUUCCAAUACUCACAAUAAUACUGACCCCACAACAUCAACUCAGUACCAUGUAACAAUGGAAGACGGAGAGGAUACUGAAUCUGGUCAGCCAGCUAUGGAGCAGGUGCUUAAUAAUGUGAUUGCAGCAUCGGCAAGUACAUCUAAAUCCAAGAUGAGGAGUACAAGUAACAAAAAUACAUCUACAAACAAUAAAAGCCUCCUGUCACCCAGUAAUUUUAAUGCAAUGAAUCCAUCAGCCGAUUUUAAGCUUCCAGCUGAGAUAUUUGCAAGUGAUGAUUCCGUGAGUGACACUGGUGUUGCUGUAGCAGAAGAUAUAAGCACACUUCAAGAUUCUAUCCUUGCUGAUCAAGGUGUCUCCACAUCUAAAGAUAAAAUGCUUGGAGGGAUCAAUAUAAAGUUGGAGAAACCGUCUGAAUAUGUCAAGACCGGAAAGAAGUCUAAAAAAUCAAAGGACAAUAUGAAUACAUGCAGUUUAAAUCUAGCAGAUAUCAAGACUGAACUUCAGGAUGAUUUUGAUUGGAAUAACAUGACAUUAGCUACUGUCAACAAUAACACAAAUAGGUUACAGACAAUGUAUAGAAGAGAUAACAGUCAAAAUAGAGAAGAAUAUUCUUCUCACUUUGGAUCACACUCAAACAAGAAUGACAUUGAUGAUCAUUUAGAUACGAUGCAAACAGACUUGGACUCCUUGCGAGAGCUGCUCCGAGGUGACACCUACUCCUUGGACACCAACACAUUAUUAGGGAUUGAUGAAAGCGUAGGACCUACAGGUUCUCACCGUACAAAACCAAAUCUUUUCGGAUCUGAUGAUCCCUUCUAUGGGCUAUCUUACAAUACAUCGGACGACCGGACUAAAACUUGCAACAAUGCAAAGAAGCUGAAAGGUGAUAUUUCAAAUGUAAGCAGUGACGACACUCGCGCGAUGAGCCCGUUCACUGAGGACGAUGCUGAGGGGAGUCAGCUAAUAUCGUAUACAGGAAAUAUUCCAGACUUUGAGGAUAUUAAUAUGCCUGAUUUGGAAGGCGAGAAUUCUCAGGAGCCCUGUUUGUCUCCGAGCCCGAGCAAUACGACACUCAACACGCCUCAAGUGCAAGUUCGAUCUCCACUCUUCACUCUAAGACCAUGAGAGAAAUCUAAAGAAGAAAUAGCUAUUCAUUGUUUAAAUAUACCUAUCGUUAUUCUCUCAAGAAACUUACUACCUAAAAGUAACUAUAAAAAAAAAUUCGUUUAAUAAUAGAAUAAGUCCUGCUUUUUACUAAGACUUAGUAUUGCCAUUUAUAUAAACUAUUUAGUUGUAAUCGAGGCAACACUCAGCUAUUAUUAACGUAACAUCAUAGGCUUUAAAUUACGAAGAUCAAGGAAGACAUGUUUGACUGAUUUCCUUUUUUUUUUGAGAGAUAAGAGUAUAAAAUGAACAUCUUAUUUAAUUUGAGUCGAGUAAUGUAUGGACUACAUUAUUUGUAAUUUUUAAUAAUCUUGAAAAUGACGCAUUAAUAAAAUAUGCUUUAUUAAAAUGACAUAGUUCAAUUUAGUAAGCAAUAGUUUGAAAUUAUAAAAAAAACAAUGCUAAUAAUGUCAUACUAGAACGCGAAGUUCAGCAUUUAAUACUUUCAGUUUAGACAUACACUAUCUGUGUAAAAAGUAUCACACUACUUUUCAAUGAUGACACAGUGUGCGUUUAAACAAUUCAAUUCGUUCCAUUACAAAUAAAAUAAUUAAAAGCAUAUAAGUUCAAAUAUAUAGAUUUAACUUAUAAAUGUUCGCCCCGCUUGGUGCCUUAACAGAUGAGUAUUUGAUAUUUUUGUACGGUGUAACUGAAAACUCAUGACAGUUUGUAACGAGCAGACAUGUCAUAUUUUAAGUAUAUAACUGAAAUAUAUACAAUUACAGAACAAAUUAUAUUUUACAUAAGCUGAUAUUUGUAAGUUUGGUUACAAGUAACUAAGAUAAUUAUUACCAAUUACCUUACCGUAUUAAUGUUGAACAUGAGAAUUAUUCUACUAUUUCACAUCACAAAAAAUACCAUUGUAAAUUUAAAAUAGUAUUUUAAGUGUUUGUACAUCAUUAUUGUAUUUCAUAAGAACUACUGUUUGUUUUCAACAUUGUGUAAGUUAAGGGAGGCAUUGAUGGAACUAUCCUUAUCUUGAUAUUAUAUUGUUAUUACAUAUUGUACAUAGUAUAUAGUGUUUAAAUGUAUUAUAUCAUAUUUUAGUUCAUAGUACUGUGUUAAUAAAUUUGUUGGUAUUACCUAAUUUUAUGCCACAAAUCAAAAAAAAAUUGUCUCAUUUAUGUUUUGAGUUUUUUUUUUUAGGAAAAUAAUGUAAAAUAUUGAUUAUUGGUUUGGCUUUUGAAAUUAUUAAGAUUGCAAUGCAGUUAUUUUAUUAAUUUUUUUAAAAUUAUCUCAACUCAUUUGUAUCUGAAAUAUCUGUAUUUGUUGUAAAUAUAUCUUUUAUACUUUAUUGAAUGUAUUUGUUCUGAUUCAUAUUAAAAAAAUAAUAACAUGUAAUGCAACAUGAUAGUUUACCAUUUUUUUUUAAUCUGUUCUCAAUGAUUAUGAUUCUGUAGUUACUUUCUUUUACAAAACUGGUAAACAACAACCUAAAAAAAAAACUGACUUACAAUGAUUUUGGCUUUAUACCUAUAACCUACCUGUACCUUACUGUUGAGAUGUAUAAUGUUUUACUAACUGUUGCGUUAUUUGUAAAUUAUUAACAGAACUGACAGAUUUAUUAAACAUAUAUUUUAAAAGCUUAAUUUCAUAAUUAAGUAUGUAAGAUGUAUAUACAUUUGUAUUUUAAUUAUAAAUAAAA